AUGGCAGUCUCCCCGCGCGCGAGCAAGGGCGUCGCGAGUGCCGCGGCGACAAUACCCGUCGAGGGUUCGUCGUCAGCAUACGCGUUCAGCCCACCCCACGCCGCCCAACGACAGCCUGACUCGGCGUCAGCAGUCUCGUCAUCCUACGGCUCCUCGCUUUCCCUCACUGAGCCGCGACCCUCACCAUGGCACGCCAUAGCGGACAGUCUGCAGACGACGCCGUCCCUAACCCCGGCGCCGUCGGCACUGACCUCCUCCGCCCUGCGCGAGUGGGAGCGUCAGCUCGCCGGCGCCGACGCGGUGCGCCACCUCCUUUUCCCGGGGCGCGGGUCGCCGAAACUCUCAGCCGAGCGAGACCGCGACGGCCACGUCGAAUACAAGCUGAAACUCAUCGACCCCGAACCCGAGCGUUUCGACCGGCUCGUGACGCAGAUGAUGUGGCGGCUGAAGCAGGGCCGGAAUGAGGCGAUCUACGAGCUCGGCCUGGGCGACGACGGAAGCGUGAUUGGCCUAACGCGGCCUGAGAUGGACGCCUCCUUGAGCACGCUGGAACGCAUGGCGAGCGAGGUCGGCGCGACGGUGCUGGUGCUCAAGGAGAUUGUCCUGACCGAGUUUUCCGACUCGGACUCGGCCGCCUCGAGCGUCUCAGGUUGGAGUGGGAGUGCAGGCGCAUGCAGCGGGAGCUGGAAGGCGCGCCGGCCCGAUCUGGACGAGUUCGGGCGCCCGAGAAGAGGCACCAAGAGCCUCGAUGCGUCCGCGCCCACGAAGGAGAAGAAGAAGUACGCCGCCGGCAGCUACAUCGGCGGCAAUGCCGGGGUGAAGAAGAGCAGCGACAAGCGCCGCCGCGCCGCGCAAAGGCAGGAGAGGAGGCGCAUGGAGCUCAUGCGCGGAGACGGCAUGAGCCCGACGCCGUUCGACUCGUUCUUCGACGAGGGCGAGCAGUCCCCGUCGCCGAGCGGGCUCAGUGGGAGCAGCCCUGCUAAUGGCCUGAACGGUGGGAGCGGCCCCAGCUCGCGACCAGGCAGCACGCUCAGCCAUCGGUUCGACCACCUCGAGCCUUCCUCCUCGGGACGCUCCAGCGUUGCGGCACAUCUCGACGACAGCCCAGGCGAGGGCACGCCCGACGACACCUUCGUCGACGGGCUGCGCAUACCGCUCGACUCGUUAUCGCUCUCUUUUGCAGAUGUUAUCGAGGACCAGCCGUCGCCGCGCUCACCGCGGUCCCGGUCGCCCGCUGGGUUCAGGCUCCCCGCCAGCCAGACGCAGGAGGAGGGAGGCGAUGAGGGAGGCGAUGGCGCGGUGGAGGAGCUCGUAUGCGUCGAGGCGCUUGUUGUGAGGAAGGCGGGGCUAGAGGGCGAGUACUUCCUCCCUGAGGAUGGGUGGGGCUUUGGCGAGUAG